GGAAGAGGGGGGCCCGGAUGGGAGCUGUCUGUUGCCAUGGCGCCGAGCUCCGCACCAAGGCCUGUUCCAGCGGGAUCGCUCCGUCUAAAUGACAUACAAUCCUCCAAGCUGGAUAAGAUGCACAGAACCACCCGGAUCAAAAUCACAGAGCUGAACCCUCACCUCAUGUGUGCCCUCUGCGGCGGCUACUUCAUUGAUGCCACAACCAUCGUGGAGUGUCUGCAUUCCUUCUGCAAAACGUGCAUUGUGGGAUACCUGGAGACCAACAAAUACUGCCCCAUGUGUGAUGUACAGGUGCACAAAACCAGGCCCCUCCUGAGCAUCAGGUCUGAUAAAACCCUGCAGGAUAUUGUAUACAAGCUGGUCCCUGGACUCUUCAAAGAUGAGAUGAAGAGGAGGCGGGACUUCUAUGCAGCAAACCCAACAGCAGACACGGCCAACGGCUCCAAUGAAGACCGGGGGGAGGUGCAGGAGGAGGAGAAGAGGAUCAUUGCGGAUGACGAGAUCAUCAGCCUGUCGAUCGAGUUCCACGAGGGCACCAGAAACGAAAAGAAACUCCAUGAGUCCAGAGAGUCAGACAAAGAAAAGGGUAACAACAAGCGCUUCUUGCGCUGUCCAGCAGCCAUGACAGUCAUGCACUUGGCCAAGUUCCUGCGCAGCAAGAUGGACAUUCCCAGCAACUACCGGAUUGAGGUGCUGUAUGAAGACGAGCCCUUAAAAGACUAUUACACACUCAUGGACAUUGCCUACAUUUACACAUGGAGACGGAGCACACUGCAGGUUCGUCCAGCUGCGGUGCUCCUCUUGGACUCAGGAGGUGUCGGGAACAAACCAGUCAGCCAGAAGGUAAUGGAUUCCCUGGGGUCGUCUGAGGAAAGACUGGCCCGGGGCUGGUGUGGGGGUCUCCACUCAGGCUGGGAGCUGAAGGACUCUGCUGGGCUCAACCCAGGCAGCCUCGACCUGGCCGUCCUCCUUGUUCUGCUCCCACGGACUGCUGCAGAUGGGGUCCUGCGCUGCGUCUCUUGGACUUUUGACCUUUAUCUGGGGGGAGGGAAGGGUGUGACUCCAGAGGGGGGUGGAAGGUUAAUGCCCAUUCACAACACCACCCAGAACCUGAGCUGGGAGGGCUGA